UAAUGUUAGCUACCUUCAGAUGGGGGAAAAAUGACACGUCGCACUGUUUUGCUGGGCAUUGGUAGAUGCGUCGUAACAAACGCACAUGGAAAAGCUUUGAACCACGUAUGCUCAUUGCACAUCCUGACAAAAUAUGUUUUUGCAGUGUUGAAGAAAGAAUUAGCCUGCGCAGUUUAAAUGGAACGAAAAGACAUCCUGGACAGUCACGUUCGAGCCAGCUGUCAUGUGGCAUGAUGACAGUUGGAUUAAAGAUGGCGUGCUUUGACUGUUCGGCUAAGAAUCCUAGUUGGGCCAGUAUCACCUAUGGAGUGUUUCUCUGUAUAGACUGCUCAGGAACACACAGGUCAUUAGGAGUGCACCUGUCAUUCAUCAGGUCUACUGAGCUAGACUCUAACUGGUCCUGGUACCAGCUGCGAUGCAUGCAGGUGGGCGGCAAUGCCAGCGCGAAUGCCUUCUUUGCCCAGCAAGGCUGCACGUCCAAUGCUGCCAACACCAAGUACAACAGCCGAGCCGCUGUGCUCUACCGCGAGAAGAUCAAGACCUCGGCCACGCAGGCCACAAGGCGCUUCGGCACUGAGUUGUGGCUGGACAGCCAGGCCCCACUCUCUCCAACAUCUCCCGUCAAUAAGGAGGAGGAUUUCUUCAGUAUGCACGCGCAGGCAUCCCCUGAUGAUCGUAGCUCCGCCCAGCUUAAUAUAACAAGCUCCGCCCAGAUGAAUCUAAGCCCCACCCCAGUAGAGGAACACUCUACAAAAGAAACCGAGAGAGACAAAAACGGUAAUACAGAGGGUCCCAGUGUUGACGUGCUAAGUAUGUCUCCUAAAGAAGCCUUGGAGUCCUCUCUUCUCAAGAAGAAACCAGCUGGGGCCAAGAAAACAUUGGGCGCUAAGAAAGGUGGUCUUGGGGGUAAGAAGGUGAGCAAACAGAGUUUCUGUGACCUGGAGAAGAAAGCACAGGCGGUAGACAAACUCAAUGAGGGAGAUACAGCACCCACCACCAAGAACAGCCCCCAACCAGCAGAGGAAUCCAUUGGUGCCUCCAUGCGACUGGCCUAUAAGGAUCUGGAGGCGCAGCAGAGGAGUAAUACAGAGAAGAUGAAGGGGAUGGGGGAGAAGAAGAAGGAGCAGGCUGAGAGACUGGGCAUGGGCUUUGGCAGCAGAAGUGGAGUGUCUCACUCUGUGCUGUCAGACAUGCACACUAUCCAGCAGGAGAGCCCAGUGGGGUCCAAGCAGCCCACUAAGAGCCGGAGGUACACAGAGAAGGAGGAAGAGGAGACUGACGAAGGCUCCUUUACAUCCAGGAUGUCGAUGACAAAGUUUGAUGACCCGACAGAAUCCUCUGACAAGUUCUUCUCCAAUUGGAGCGAGACGGGGGAGUCUGGCUGGAGGAAAGAGAGCAGGAAGCCAGAGCCAGACUUCUACCUGAACACCAAGAGUUCCUCACAGGAUGACAGGACCGCAGCCCGGCGGAAAGCAGACCCAGUCCCUGUCUCAGACUCAGGCGACGCCCGCAAGAAGUUUGGGGACGUCAAGGCCAUCUCCUCUGACAUGUACUUUGGCAAGCAGGAUGACUCUGAGUAUGAGGCGAAGACUCGCCUGGAGAGGUUCUCUGGAAGCAACUCCAUCAGCUCAGCUGACCUGUUUGAUGACCCAAAGAAACAGGCAGCCAGCUCAUAUCGUCUGACCAACAUGCUGCCCAGUGCACCAGACAUGUCCCAGCUGAAGCUGGGGGUCCGCUCUGCGGCCGGGAGGCUGUCCGUCAUGGCCAGCGGAGUAGUCACGUCCCUUCAGGACCACUACAGUGCGUGAGUCCAGUGUGUGUACCUGUGUUAUGACACACACACACACACAACCUGUUGGGUCCCCUGAGUAUUGGAGUCGGUAAACAUCCUUACGCGCGAUGGACAAGUUCAGCCGUGCAGGAGAGGGAGAGAGAUGGGCGGAGAGACUGAAUUAGCGACAUUGUGUAGGCCAGAACAUAGGCUGUAGCUAUGUGUGUGUAUAUAGCAGCUAUUUGAAUAAAGGACGUAUUAUCUACAUUGGAGUUAUGUCGAAACAACAUCCUCUAUGAGGUAGAUGUAUGAAGAACACUUAUUUCCGCAGCUUAUUAUUUAAUCUGUCCAGGCCUUUGAUUUUGAUGUUUAUAGCAGUGGUAUUCAAAAUAGAUUUUUGUUGUCAUCCAUUAUGGUUCUAAUUGAGGGUGACUUAGGUUUUGGGUUCCUUUUCCCCUGUGCAAUUGUUAUUGAAUCAUGUCAUCUUGGACACCUUGGUUUUUAUGUAACUAUUUGCAAUGAAGACAUCAUCUGGUAGCGUGAUAACAUGUAUUUUUCUACAUGCAGUAUGUAAAUAAUUGAGUUAAUCUGAUGGCCAUUGUUUUAAUUACCUGCCAAAUGCAGGGAGAUGUUGCUAUGUAGGAUACAUGUCUUAAAUUUUAGGGUGCCUUCAAACCAAAAUGCCUGCGACACGUUGUGCGCGUGCCGGUUCACUGAAUGUGUGUUUGGAGGUAUGGAGAAGUGGAGAACAUUUGAUGUUUGGAGGUAUGGUGAAGUGGAGAACAUUUGAUGUUUGGAGGUAUGGUGAAGUGGAGAACAUUUGAUGUUUGGAGGUAUGGUGAAGUGGAGAACAUUUGAUGUUUGGAGGUAUGGUGAAGUGGAGAACAUUUGAUGUUUGGAGGUAUGGUGAACAUUUGAUGUUUGGAGGUAUGGUGAAGUGGAGAACAUUUGAUGUUUGGAGGUAUGGUGAAAUGGAGAACAUUUGAGGUGGGAGAAACAUUGUUUUACAUUGGUUGACAGACCUCAAGUCAGGAAUACGUGCUACAAAAUGUACCCAUCUGUGGGACAGUGUAAAUCUGCCAUUUCAUUCCCUUCUAUCCACCUGUACACUGCUCUCUGAAAAAAAGUGUCUGCUGUGCUUUUGAAGCAUUGUUUGCAUUGGUUUGAAAGUGCUCUUAGUCUUGGAAGUGUACUUAUGUCUGUCACUCACUUAUGUCACUUGACUGAAGAACCAAAUACUCAGUGAUUUCUUUGUGUAUAGAUACACCGGUAGGAUAUGGUCCUGUACAGUGUAGCGUGAUCUCCAUAUUACUAUUGGCUUUCAGUUCAGAUGAAUGGAGGGAGUAGUAUCUUAAUGUUCUGUCGCAGUACUCUCAAAGACUGCGUUUUAGACAGGCAGCACAAUUCAGAUCUUUUUUUCCUUCUCACUAAUAGGUCUUUUGAUCGAUCAUGUGAAAAGAUCUGUGUAAAAACAAAACAGAAUUGGGCUGCCUGUCUAAAUGCAGGCAAAUAACCUAUUCUAUUUUCUGUGAUCGCAUUACUCUGUGAGAGGAACACAGGACACCCAUCCAAUUAUUUUACCCUUCUGUGGCUAUGAAGGAAAAGAGACAAGGAAAGGAACUUGUGCAAAAGAAAUGGGACGUGGCCCUCUGAUCAAGGACCGAUUGGCUGCCCAUCCUACGGCCUGACUCAUUUCAACAACAGUUGUACUAUGUGUUUAGUGAAGGGUAACCUCUAACCCUUUGCUGAGCAGAUUCAUUGUAUAUUACCUCUGUGAACUGUGUACCUUGCAGAGAAUAUUUAGGGUUUUUAGAAUAUAUUUUCACACUGGGUAUAUGCGGGUUAUAUUUUGGGAGUUUAUGCAUAGUGUGGUUUUGUUAUUUUGAGGGGAUUGGCUAGAAGUCUUUAACUGGAUAUUGCUAGAGGUAUUUCUGGCUACCUAGUAUCACCUACCUAACUUCCUGACCAUCUUAUGCACCAUGUUUUGAUCCUUACUAAUUCAAACUCUUGAGUUGAGAUUUAACACUGAAGAGAAAUAUAUUUAAGAUGUAACGUUACCCAUUUGAAUCUGGAUUUUGUAUAGUGUGUAAUUCAGUGACCAACCAGGGCUUUUGUUCAAUCUCUUUCUACUGUAAUCCAAAGAAUUAGGAUACAUGACCUAAAAAUGUAAAUUAUGGGAAGAUCUAGUUACUUUUUGUGUAUUUUUAUUCGAACCUACAAGUACAAAAAAUGUGUUGCUUGAAUGUACAUCUAUAGAACAGCACCUGAAGCUUUGCAUCAGAUUCCGAAUGUCAUUGUUUACCAACAAAUACAUCUAUGGACAUGAGCUCUUUAGAGAUUCAUUAAAUUUGUGUAAUCAAGUGUGUAUCAUUGUUAGCUGCUGUGUAUAAGAAACUUUGCUUUAGAAUAAAAAAUAUACUGCA